AUGGAUGGAUGCAAACCUAUGACUAUUUUGACAUCAAUGGGGGCGAGGGAUAUGUUAGAUAAUGAAUGGUUGUGGGUUGUGGCUUUUGAUAAUGCCUAUUGGAUAUUAGGUGGUGGGAAUGUUAGGCCUAAACCAAGAUGGGUAGGGGAGAUACAUUUUAUAUUCCUAGUUGCCAAGAAAGACUUUGAAGAAGGGCAACUUUUUGAUCCACAAGCAUCCCACAUCUACAAAGCAGACAUUAUGUCAGCAAAAGGCAUCUUAAUGAAGUCGUAA